GAAACACGAGUGAAAAAGGACAGUGACGGUCUACAAGCUCUCUCUUCUAUAUUAUCUUUGAUCAUUGGUCCAAGAAAUAAGAACCAACACUGUCCACUUCUCUUUAUUAUUUUCUCCACCUCAAAUUUGGUCCAUAUAUAUAUAUAUAUUUUACUAUAACAAUAAUCUAAGACCUAUGCAUUGAACCAAUUAAGGUUGAAUCAGCAAUAUUAAUAAUUAGUGGGAGUAAUAUUGUUGAUUAGAAGAAUGAGGAUGACGAUUAACACAUUUGAGGUUCACGAAAGGUAUUUUCAAAAGGGAAUGGCUAUACCUAUACGUGUGGAAAGAGCAAAGAAGCCAAAUUCAAGGAUAAAACAACAAACCUUGAAAUUGAAUGAUAAUAUUAAUAUUGGUUGUGCUCAUCAUCUCAAGAAACAACAACGUUCUGUGUCUGUUGCAGCAUUCGAAGGUGCUGCCAUUGCUCAACCUCCAGAGGCACCAAUUGUUCCUCAAACAUACGAAGAACCGAUGCUUGCAAAUUAUGUACCUAUAUAUGUGAUGCUCCAACUAGGAGUGAUUACAAACGACAAUGUCUUAGAAGACAAAGCAAAACUCGAGAAACAACUGAAGGAGUUACGAGCAGCAGGUGUUGAUGGUGUUAUGGUUGAUGUCUGGUGGGGAAUAGUUGAAUCAAAGGGUCCUCAACAAUAUGAUUGGUCAGCUUAUAGGUCCUUGUUUCAACUUGUUCAGGAUUGUAAACUGAAAUUGCAAGCUAUAAUGUCAUUUCAUCAAUGUGGAGGGAAUGUUGGAGAUUCUGCUUUCAUUCCAUUACCUAAAUGGGUACUUGAAGUUGGUGAAUCAAACCCUGAUAUCUUUUAUACCAAUCGUUCAGGUUUGAGGAAUAAGGAAUGUAUUUCACUUGGUGUGGAUAACAAACCUUUCUUUAAUGGAAGAACUCCCGUUCAGAUGUAUAGCGACUAUAUGAAAAGUUUUCGAGAGAAUAUGGCAGAUUUCUUAGAAUCUGAGUUACUGAUAGACGUUGAAGUAGGACUUGGCCCUGCUGGAGAACUCAGAUAUCCUUCUUAUCAGGAAUCUCAAGGGUGGGAAUUUCCUGGUAUUGGAGAAUUUAAUUGCUAUGACAAAUAUCUUCAAGCUGAUUUCAAAGAGGCUGCAACAAGGGCAGGCCAUCCUGAAUGGGAGCUGCCUGAUGAUGCAGGGUUAUGUAAUGACAUACCUGAGUCUACAAAAUUUUUCAGAUCAAAGGGAACUUACCAAACAGAGAAAGGGAAAUUUUUUCUCACAUGGUAUUCCAACAAGUUGCUGACACAUGGUGAUGAGAUCUUGGAUCAAGCCAACAAAGUAUUCCUAGGUUGCAGGGUGAAGUUAGCAGCAAAAAUUGCUGGAAUCCACUGGUGGUAUAAAACUGAAAGCCAUGCUGCAGAGCUUACUUCAGGAUAUUACAACUUAAAUGAUAGAGAUGGUUACCGUCCCGUAGCAAGGAUGUUCGGUCGACAUAAUGCUAUUUUGAAUUUCACAUGUCUUGAGAUGAGAAAUUCUGAGCAACCAGAAGAAGCCAAAAGUUGUGCACAGGAACUUGUUCAGCAGGUCUUAAGUGGAGGGUGGAGAGAGAACCUUGAAGUUGCUGGGGAAAAUGCACUUCCAAGGUAUGACAGUGAAGGUUAUAACCAAAUCCUUCUAAAUGCUAGACCAAAUGGUGUUAACAAAAAGGGCCCUCCAAAAUUAAGGAUGUAUGGAGUCACAUACCUACGUUUGACAGAAAAAUUAUUCCAGAAACAAAAUUUCGAUAUAUUCAAAAUCUUUGUGAAAAAGAUGCAUGCUAAUCAGGAUCUUUGUCCAGACCCAGAGAAAUACUAUCAUUACACGGUUCCGAUGGAAAGGUCAAAACCAAAGAUUCCAUUGGAGAAUCUUCUUGAAGCAACAAAACCAGUGAAGCCAUAUCCAUGGUUUGAAGCAACGGAUAUGAGUGUUAGUGAAGCUAGUGGAUUUUUUGCUGAUAUAAUAGCAAUAAUCUUGAGUGUGUUUAGAAGAAACCGAAACUGAAAAUGUAUAUGAAAAGGAAAUGAUUGAUCAAUAAUAAAAUCGGAGACGAAACAACUUCAGAUA